AUGUCGGCGACAGAUCCCAUAUCUCCCCCAGGGGACCCUGCGCCAGAGGUCCUUGAUGGUCGCAUCUGGGUCGACGGCUGCUGGGAUUUCUUCCACCACGGCCAUGCCGGCGCCAUGCUGCAGGCCCGCCAGCUCGGCGACGAGCUGUAUGUCGGCGUUCAUUCGGACGAAUCCAUCCUGGAGAACAAGGGUCCUACAGUCAUGAACCUCCAAGAGAGGCUCGCUGCCGUGGAUGCCUGCCGCUGGGUGACCCGCUCAGUCUCUCACGCCCCCUAUGUCACCCAGCUCGACUGGAUCACCCACUACGGUUGCCGUUACGUCGUGCACGGCGAUGACAUCACCUCUGACAGCAGCGGUGAGGACUGCUACCGCUUUGUGAAGGAGGCUGGCCGCUUCAAGGUCGUCAAGCGCACACCCUCUAUUUCCACCACCGACCUCGUCGGCCGCAUGCUGCUUUGCACCCGCACCCACUUCAUCAAGUCUUUGCGGCGAACGCUGGCGGGCAGUGAUGGCUAUGGGAGUGAUUCAGAGCGCAAGGCCGAGGGUGCGGCCAUGACGGAGCGAAUGAGACAGUAUGCCACCGAUGAGACGGCUCUGAAGCCCGGCGCAAGCGUAUGGUUCUGGGAGACGAGCUCGCUGCAUGCCAAAACUGGGCACGACGACAUCGACGACAAGGGGACCUUCACGCAGCUGUUUGAAGGACCGACACCGAAGCCUGGCCAGAGGGUAGUGUACGUCGAUGGCGGUUUUGACCUGUUCUCGAGUGGCCACAUCGAGUUUCUGCGCCUGGUCGUCGAGGUGGAGGAGAAGAAGGCUGCGGAGAAGGGGUGGGAUAAGGACUAUUCGCCUGUAUACGUCGUUGCGGGCGUGCACGACGACGAGGUCAUCAACCACUGGAAGGGGGUCAACUAUCCCAUCAUGAACAUCUACGAGAGAGGCCUUUGUGUGCUCCAAUGCCGGUACGUCAAUUGCGUCAUCUUCGGGGCCCCGUUCACGCCCACAAAGAACUACCUCACAUCCUGGUCCUGGGGCGCCCCAGAUGCCGUCUACCACGGUCCCACCUCCUUUAUGCCUCUCACCUACGACCCCUACUCGGAAGCAAAGGCCCUCGGUAUCUACCAGGAGAUCGGGCAGCAUAGCUUCCAGGAUGUCAACGCAGGCAACAUCGUAGACCGUAUCAUGAAGAGUCGGAAACAGUACGAGGAGAGGCAGAGGAGGAAGGGCGAGAAGGCCGAUGUCGAGGCAGCUGCUAAGCUGAGGGAACAAUUGGAGGAGGAGCAGAGGAAGAAAGAAGCACAAAGCUCAGCAUAG